CGGGGCUUGCCGGUGAAAUACCCGGAUGUGAUGGGCCAUGUGCAGUCCUCCCUCGGCAGCUUAUUUGCUCCAUACCGCUGUCCUUAGUUCCAGUCGUUAUAUCAUUCCGUCUUGCAGACGAGCACCUUGAAGCCGCCACACGCUUUUUACCUCAUAAAGAUGUUCCGUUUACCCACAGUCAUGAAGCAGGUGAGGCCUGUGUGCAGGGCACUGGCUCCUCACCUCACACGAGCAUACGCAAAGGAUGUGAAGUUUGGAGCUGAUGCUCGUGCCCUCAUGCUGCAGGGAGUGGAUCUGCUGGCUGAUGCUGUGGCUGUCACCAUGGGCCCAAAGGGUCGCACUGUCAUCAUUGAGCAGAGCUGGGGCAGCCCAAAGGUCACUAAGGACGGUGUGACAGUGGCCAAGAGUAUCGACCUGAAGGACAAGUACAAGAACAUUGGUGCCAAGCUGGUGCAGGAUGUGGCCAACAACACCAAUGAAGAGGCUGGUGACGGCACCACCACCGCCACUGUGUUGGCUCGCGCCAUCGCCAAAGAGGGCUUCGACACCAUCAGCAAAGGAGCUAACCCUGUGGAAAUCCGUCGCGGAGUCAUGAUGGCUGUUGAAACUGUCAUUAAUGAGCUGAAAAAUCUCUCAAAACCAGUCACAACCCCGGAAGAGAUCGCACAGGUUGCUACAAUCUCAGCAAAUGGUGACGUGGAGAUUGGUAACAUAAUUUCCAAUGCCAUGAAGAAGGUCGGCCGCAAGGGAGUCAUCACUGUCAAGGAUGGGAAGACUCUGCACGAUGAGCUGGAGAUCAUCGAGGGUAUGAAGUUUGACCGAGGUUACAUCUCCCCUUACUUCAUCAAUUCUGCUAAAGGCCAGAAGUGUGAAUUCCAGGAUGCCUACCUGCUGCUCAGUGAGAAGAAGAUUUCCAGCGUCCAGAACAUUGUGCCAGCCCUGGAGAUUGCCAACCAGCACCGUAAACCGCUGGUUAUUGUGGCUGAGGAUGUGGAUGGAGAGGCCCUCAGCACCUUGGUUCUCAACAGGCUGAAGGUUGGGCUUCAGGUGGUGGCUGUUAAAGCCCCAGGCUUUGGAGACAACAGGAAGAAUCAGCUAAAGGAUAUGGCCAUCGCCACAGGAGGCACUGUGUUUGGAGACGAGUCUCUGGGCCUUGCUCUUGAAGACAUCCAGGCUCAUGACUUUGGUAAGAUUGGUGAAGUGCAGAUAACCAAAGAUGACACCUUGCUGCUGAAGGGAGGAGGCAGCCCAGCGGAAGUUGAGAAACGUGCAGCAGAGAUUGCUGAGCAGCUGGAGAGCACCACCAGUGACUACGAGAAGGAGAAACUCAACGAGAGGCUGGCCAAGCUUUCUGAUGGAGUGGCUGUGCUCAAGAUCGGAGGAACAAGUGAUGUUGAGGUAAAUGAGAAGAAGGACCGUGUGACAGAUGCUCUGAAUGCCACCAGGGCUGCUGUGGAGGAGGGUAUUGUACCAGGUGGAGGCUGUGCUCUGCUGCGCUGCAUCCCCUCCCUUGAUACCAUCAAGACUGCCAAUAAUGACCAGAAGAUUGGUGUGGAUAUCAUCAGACGGGCCCUUCGUAUUCCUGCUAUGACCAUCGCUAAGAAUGCAGGUGUGGAGGGCUCACUAGUUGUGGAGAAGAUCCUGCAGGGAUCAUCUGAGCUCGGCUACGAUGCCAUGCUGGGAGAGUACGUCGACAUGGUGGAGAAGGGCAUCAUUGACCCCACCAAGGUGGUGAGGACAGCCCUGCUGGACGCUGCAGGAGUAGCGUCUCUGCUGUCCACAGCUGAGGCUGUAGUUACAGAGCUCCCCAAGGAGGAGAAGGAUAUGCCAGGCGGCGGCAUGGGAGGCAUGGGCGGUAUGGGUGGUAUGGGAGGUGGCAUGGGUUUCUAAGCCAAUCCCCCUGACUCACUGUACAGACUAAGGCAAAGUGGUGCUGAAGGUGGCUGAGGAACAAAAGAUAAUCCUCCAAGAACCGGCACCCACCUCAACCACACUUUGCCCAUCCAGACUGUCUAACCGGCCAUGAGUAUGUUGGAGCUGCAAACAGUUGAUGACCCCCACUACUUUACAUGAUUCUGCCUCCUGCCCCUUUGUCUGGGUGUCUGGAGGAGCCAGCCUUGCCUGACUCUGUCGUCCUCUGUCCCAUUCACCCAGUCUGCUCAAAAAAACUGAGGAUGAGUGACCAAUGCUAUCAGUUACUACAUCAGAAUCCUCCUCAGCCAUCAACAUCUGCACGAAACUCAGCCCAUCAUGUAAAAUACCAGAGAGAAAACUGCUUAGACUGGAGAGAUCUUUUCAAUCUCUGUAAGAGGUAGUAAGUGAUUAAAGUGGUCUAAGCAGAAACUAAUAUAGUAUACACAUUUAUAAUGCUGUGGUACCACAGAGGGAGAGAACGAGAAAAGAUGCCUUGCCAGGAUUGGAACUGUCCUUUUUAUUUGUGUCAUGUUAAUUGUUUUUGUUUUUUAUAUCUGUCAUGUUCAUUUUUCAGCUAAUAUUAUGUAGGUUAAGGUCUGUCAUUUAAUUAAACAAAUUAUUUCUCACAGAGCUUGAGCAUUUUCUGUGACUUUGUCCUUGAAAUAGUGACAUGGUAUUGUAUGUCUGAUGUCACAUGUUCCCUUGUACAUGACCACAGUUGGAUGAAGAGUGCCUAAAUAACCAGAGCCUGAGUAUCACCAGGGGCCUGUUUAAAAUGAUGUACUACAAUUGAACUAAUGUUUACUGAGGUGUGUGGCACAUUUGUCUUGGGGAGACAUUUUCAUGCAUGCAGGUUUUGUGAGUUUUUAUCUGACCAGCAGCCUUUAGGUCAUUCACCUUCAUAGCUGAAUACUGAUUGCACAGUAUACAGUAUGGCUGAUGUAUGUAAGAGCAGAGCAGUGGGGCAGGGUCAUGAGGUAGAGUUCAAGUUACAAACUAGUUUGGACCGUUUAAGGUCUCAGCUACAAAGUCCAAGUGUGAUAACCUGUGGUGUCCAUGUGAUGUUAAACAUUGACCUUCAUACACUCUGUCUUUAGUGCGAGUCACAAAGGGCUGCAAAAGGCAAGAUUAUUACUUACAGAGAGCACACAGUCGGUGGGGUUUUUUUUUCCAGGACAUUAUUCUUUGUAAACUGGCAAAUAGCAGCAAUCAUUUGACUUUUGUUUUGUACAAUGUAGUCAUUAUUAAUGGUGAUUGUUUUGUGAUUUUUUUUUUUUAUUUAAUAAAUUCAAUUGUUCAGAUGUGA